GGAUCUUCGCCUCCGUAAGUUUAGUUUGCCCUUAGUGGGAGAUGAGAUUCAGUCCUUGCGCUCCCAUCUAAAGCACAACAGCACUGAUAUGACCGGUAUUACUAGUUGAAUUUCGGACCACAGCGCGGCCUGGGACUCGUCUUGCGCAGUUUUGAAACACUGGUUUGUGCACUGGAAGAAGAGCCGCUUUAGCGUCCGGACUCCUCUCGGCUCUGGAGGAAACCAUAUCUGGUCAAAGUAUUCGUCCUGUCACCCGGCGGGACGCCCGGCUAUAAAUAGUGCUGGAGGAGGUCUGUUGGACUUCAUCAGAGGUUCUUCCAGAAGACUUGCUGUGCUAUCUGGCGCUCAGCCCACCUCUUCAUCUUUUGAGUUUGUCUUCUUGUGAAGCUAAGACAAAGCAGAGCACAACAACAGCACGCAAACUCUCCACUUAGGAGAGCUUCAGGCACUUGGCUGCCUUUGCACAUCGAGAGGGGGAUAUCCUUGGGGCCCUCUUCCGACCCCCAUAUUUAUAGUGUUAUCUUCUCACAGGGGGUUACCGAGGUGCACCGUCCAUCAUGUCGGUGAUGAGGAAGGAGAUGGAAAAAUACCGGGAUAUCGAUGAAGAUGAGCUGCUGAAGAAACUGUCAGAGGAGGAGCUACAGAGAUUAGAGGACGAACUAGAGGAGCUGGAUCCUGAUAAUGCCUUGCUGCCAGCUGGGUUACGGCAAAAAGACCAGACGAAGAAAGCUCCCACAGGAACAUUUCAGAGAGACAAUCUUUUGGCUCAUCUGGAGAAACAGGCCAAAGAGCAUCCAGACAGAGAGGACCUGGUGCCCUUCACUGGGGAGAAAAGAGGGAAAGCCUGGGUUCCAAAGAAAAUAGUGGAUCCCAUCAUAGAGUCUGUGGAGCUGGAGCCAGAGCUGGAGGAGGCCCUCGCAAGUGCUACUGAUGCAGAACUAUGUGACAUUGCAGCCAUCCUGGGCAUGCACACUCUAAUGAGUAAUCAGCAAUACUACGAAGCCUUGGCCAGCAGCACCAUUGUGAACAAACAAGGACUGAACAGUGUGAUCCAGUGCACUCAGUAUAAACCUGUCCCAGACGAGGAACCCAACUCGACUGAUGUGGAGGAGACUUUGAUGAGAGUGAAGAGGAACGACCCUGAGCUAGUGGAGGUCAACCUCAACAACAUCAGGAAUAUCCCUAUCCCGACACUCAAGGCAUAUGCUGAGGCACUGAUGAAGAACACUGUAGUUGAGAGGUUUAGCAUCGUUGGUACCAGGAGUAAUGACCCAGUAGCAUUUGCACUUGCAGAAAUGCUACGAGUAAACACUACCCUAAAAAGCCUCAAUGUGGAAUCCAACUUCAUCACGGGGGCUGGGAUCAUCACACUAGUCGAGUCACUGCAGUUCAAUACAACACUACAGGAGCUCAAGAUAGAUAAUCAGAGCCAACCAUUAGGUAACAAGGUGGAGAUGGAGAUCGCUGCCAUGCUGGAGAAAAACACUACUUUGUUAAAGUUUGGCUACCACUUCACUCAACAAGGCCCUCGCCUCAGAGGAUCCAAUGCUAUGAUGAACAACAAUGACUUGGCCCGGGUCGUCAGGUCAGAGUCAGACGGCUCCAUCACGUUCACUCUGUCUGUCCCAGAGCUGGAGAAAGCCUUCGGAAAAAAGUUCAAGUCUAAAACUAAUAAGAAAGAGAAGGCUUGAGGGAGGACCCAUUUUUCCCAAAUGUCGGACAAAUGUUUAAAAAUCAGGACUCCAGACCUGUGCCACCUCUUUCCAAAUGUUUCAAACUCUCCAGGUUUCUGAUGACUUACCAACGGUGCCUUAAACAUUGUCUUUAAGUGUAGCACACAGAAGUGUUGUAUUUGUGUAUUGUGCAGUGUUCAUUUAGUCGACUUAAGUGUCAUUGUUUGAGUUAUUUUAAUGGAGCGAAAACUUGACUUAUUGCCUGUGACAUAGCAGGGUUUAUUCUCCAUUAUACAAUCACAAUGUUCACAUAGCCUCAUUAAAAGUAUUUCAACUCUAGAAUAUGCUAUAUUGUGCCUUUUGGAUGUGUGCCACAAACUGCACACACAGGUGUAUUUAUUUGUAGACAUAUAAACAUUAAGUAAAAACUAGUAAACAAAAACAAGAUUGCACAGAACAUCUACAGCACUAUAGAAUACAAUAGAAAACAUUGAAAAUAGAAUCACUUGAGUUUCAUCACGUGUAACAUGUGCAGUUUAUCCUCAAAUUGUAUAUCAACCACGAGAGUUGAUAUAGGCGUUGUUCUUAAAGCAGGUUUGUUGUGUUAAUUUACUGGAGCAAACUGUGUGCUGCUUUUGUUGUCACAAUCAGCUAGAUCUAAUGCAAUCAAUGCAUGUUUGGAGUUGUGGUUUAAAAUACUCAUGGGUAAUACAUUAAAAUGAACAUUGUGCAUUUAAGUGUUAAACAAAGGUAAUUUUAUCAUCUUUAUUUUUCUAGGUACUCUCAAUACAAAAUGAGCAAAUAUUUGCUCAAAUGACAGUCAAAGUAUGCAGUUUGAGAGACAAUACUUCUGAUGCAUGACUGAGGGUUACAUUGUAACAUAUCCUUGAUUUAUUGUCACAGCUUGUGUUUUACAUGUGUUGUUUAAGAUGAAUAUAGAGGAUGUAAACAUUUGUAAGCAAUAAAUGGAGGAUUGCUUGA